AUGAAAAACGCACAAACACAAUUACAGGCUCUUUUUGGAGACAAAACAAGAAUAAAAAUAGAAUUAGAUGAUGGUGAUUUAGUUAUUGAGGGGUACACUGAACUUACGGAAAUUAAUCUUACAGCUCAUUCGCUCGAUAGUUUAAUUGUUCGUAAUUGUCCUAAAUUGAAGUUAUUCAAUAUUAACAACAAUGAAGCUAAAAAAGUAGAUCUAAGUCAACUUACUUUGGAUGCUGCUGGUAAACCAGUUGCUAACAAAACACUAGAAAUGUUUUAUGGAAAUUAUAACCCAGUACUUGAUGAACUUAACCUUAAAAAUUGUAAGGGGCUCAAAGAAUUAGAAGUUAAUCAUUGCGGAACAGUUACAAAAAUGGAAGGAGGGGAAGAUAUUGAUGAGAGCCUUAAUUCAAUUGGGUUUGAGGAUACUAAGGGUCUUUCAUUUACAGGAACGGAUAACUUAAAAGAAUUAAAAGGGGCAAAAGAAGCCGUUGAUGUGAUUUUAGGAGCAGCAGGAAAAUUACCAAUGAUAGGUGACCCUAGUGAUCCUACUGGUCAGAAAGAAAUAGUAGAUGUUAGUGCUCUUGAAAAUAAUUUAAUAAUUAAAGGUUCUGAAAAACCUAAUUCCCCUGCAAAAAAUGAUUUGGAUGCCAUAAAAUCUGAAUUAGGUCUAGGAACUAGUGCUACUCAGUCGCAAAUUAUUGCUAAAAUAAGAGAAUUGGUGGGUCCUGGUUAUAUUUCUAAAGUAUCUUUGGUAUCGGAUGCUGAGGAUAGUUUAAAAGGUUUAGGAGUUGCUGAAGGAGAAAUCAGUAAAUUAGGUGCUGCGGCUAGUGCCCGAGAUGUAGAACUUUCUAGAAACAAAUUAGUUAAUGAUAAAUUUAAUGAGCUACAAACUAAAUUAAACCAUGCUCAUUACAUAAAUAUUGGAUUAGGAACUCUAUCAGUAGGAGUUUUACUAAUCUUAACUUGA